AUGGCGUCUGAGCCAAGAGAUAAGAGGUGGGAUUCGAACGAAAACGGUUUUAUUACGUAUAUAAAGAGAGAAAUUUUCCUCAUUGCAAACUGCAACAAAUCGCGUUUGUUGUUCUUGCAGUCCGCCAAGAGAUUCUCGACCCAUUCUGCCAUCGCCAAACACAAAAAUGGCUCCGCCAAGCCAAUCAACGUCGAUAUUUUAGGAACGUGGGACAGCCGGACGGAGUUGCCUCUUGAACUUGAGUCUAGUAUCAACUACGGCAAGCCCAUACCUCAGAUCCUUACCUCGUCAGUCGGGACACACUCCAUUCAAGGAAGGAGAUCCUAUAAUGAGGAUCGGUUUGUCGUGAAAGAGCUAAGACCAAAUCUACUAUAUUUCUCUGUAUUUGAUGGGCAUGGUGGCUCAGAGUGUGCUGACUAUUGCUAUCGUCACAUGGAAGAUCAUUUAACAUUUUGGUUGGACAGAUUAAGUGUCAGUGACAUCGAACAUGCAAUUGAUGCUGCCUUUCUCGAAGUAAACAACUCCUUUGCACGAUGGUGGGCAUACCAUGGAAAAGCAACCAGCAAUGUCCCUGGAACAACAGCCACAAUUUCUCUUCUCCACAAAAAUAUGGACCUUUAUAUUGGUCAUGUGGGAGACAGUCGUGCAAUGCUCUGUCGGGGUGGAGUAGCAAGGCGACUCACAACGGACCAUUGCCCAUCACUCUUAGCCGAAAAGACACGGAUCGAGCAAUCUCAAGGAAAGAUUAUUGUAGAUGACGUCGGCCGAGCAAUGGUCAAUGGAAGACUAGCGAUGACGAGAAGCAUAGGUGACCUCGAGCUUAAGCCGUUUGGCGUGACUGCUGUCCCCGACGUGAGAAAGGUUAAGAUAAAGCAUGGAAGAGAUGCAUUCCUAGUAUUAACUACUGAUGGAAUAAAUUGCGUUAUGUCGGAUCAAGAAAUCUGUGACGUCGUCCAACGAACUGAAGAUCCAGCAGAAGCCGCCCACUGCUUAACUGAUGCUGCUUUACAUUAUUCUUCCGAAGACAAUGCAACUGCGAUCGUCGUACCUCUUGGCUCCUGGGGUAAUAAUACGACGUCAGCUUCCAUUUUCUACAGUUUUGGUCGUAGCAUGACGGAUAGCAGUCGUUUUAGUUAGCAACGCAAACCGUCCAAAUUUUUCAUUUCUAUAUCAAAAGAAUAUUAAACGAUUACUACUCGAGAAAAAAAAACAAACGAGAUUUUUACGGUACGCUUUCGUGACCCCUAUUUCUCAAUAGGGAAUCCCUUAUUGUGAAUACAUAAACUUGUUACAUUACUGCAUUUCCAGAAAUUAUUCACUAAUUGUAUUCUUAUUCACGCUGCUCUUUGACUUUCCCAUUUGAUAUGCUUCCAUAGAAAACCCAUUCUUCUGUCGUCUACUUAAUUUUGCCUCUCCUAACAUGUGGUAUACGUAAACUGUUUAUUAAAUCUCUGUUUCUUUUA